AUGAGGAGUUUAAGAUAUGGAAAAAGACCGUGCCGCUUCUUUACGAUACCAUCCCAUUCUCAAGCCCUUGACUUUCCAAGUCUUUCAAUUGCUUGGCUUCCGGAUUAUACAGUGUCAGACAACAAGAAUUUCAUUACUGUCAAGUUUUUGUAUGGCACAAACACGUCACAACAUUCCCAGGACUACUUGAAGCUCGGGUCGUUGCAGCUUCCGUCGACACUCGCUCCGGAUUUUGCCAGCUUCAACCCAAACGCACAGUCCAUACCCAUUCCGGUGGGAGAUAGCACCACUGACUUCAAAGCUGUCUCGAGCUGGAAACAUAAUGGUGAAAUCAACAAAAUUCGUCUCAGUCCCGAUGCUUCGAGUGCGAUUACUUUUGACAACUCAGGCGAUGUCCAUCUUUACGACCUUUCAGCCGUCAACAAACCGCCCACGAGCUUCGUGUACCACAAACAGGAAGGUUAUGCUUUGGAAUGGGUUCUGAACGACCGGUUUCUUUCCGGUGCAAACGACAGUCAAAUUGUGCUUUGGGAUGUCUCCAAACCUCUGACCCCACUUCAGGCAUUCAAGUCUCACACAGCGGUAAUCAACGACCUUUCUCAUAGUGUUCCGUCGCAGCAUUUGUUCGGGUCGGUUGCAGACGACUAUUGGACCCAUAUUCACGAUUUGCGAAGCUCGGUCAACGACGGUCCAGCCAUCAAGACACAGACUUCACACGUGCAAAACGCUAUCUCCUUCCAUCCUCAGAUUGCUACUUUGUAUGCUGUGGCUGGAAAAGACAAAGUGGUCAAUGUCUACGAUUUGCGAAACCCAAACGAGCCGUUCCGCAAGCUCUUUGGCCACACUGAGUCCGUUGCUGGUGUACAAUGGAAUCUGGAUUCUGAGCCUGAAUUGUUGACUUCGUGGGGCUACGACCGUCGAGUCAUCACGUGGAAUUUGGCUGCGUUGAACGAGGACUUUAGUUAUCCUGACAGCGAGGAAGGAGGCAGAAAGAGGGCGGCCAAGAGUGCUGAUCCCUGCUUAUACUUCAUCCACGGCGGUCAUACUGGCCGCGUAAACGAUGUAAGUAUCCAUCCAAAGAUCCCCAGCCUAUACGCUACAUGCGGAGACGAUUCACUUCUAGAGGUCUACAGAACGAAGACUGUGCGAGAAGAUACCGAUAAUGAAGAAGAAGCUGAAAAGGAAGAUAACGAUAAUGAUGAGAAGAAGGAUGUGGAAAUGGAGGAAAAUGAUCAGUGA